AAUCAGUGUCAGCGGAGGAACUUCGGAGUGGAACUGCGGAGUUAGAGUUUCAGACCUGUGAGAGCGUUUUUUGGCACAACGAAGACGCGCAUCUGUCCUUCUGGAGCCUUACCCGUAACCUGUGCUUAUCUUUUUACAUGCCUGCCUUGAUAUAACGCAAUCCGCGAAACAAUACGAGGCGUUAGAAGCUCCGGGAUGUACACCGCCGGGCUCAACCCGUUUUACGCAUCCAAUUUCAGCCUCUGGUCCGCAUACUGCGCCGGAGGCUUCGCUGUGGAUACCAUGAAGAAGCCGUCGUUCUGCAUCGCAGACAUUUUGCAGGCAGGAGAUGCGGAGAACCUCCCCGGAUCGUCCUCCCUCAUGGUGCAUAUGGGACACCACCAUCACCACCAGCACCAUCACCACCAGCAGCAGCGCGCUCAGCAGGCGCACUCCGGCGGCUCUCCGCUGCGCCCUCCUCCCGUCGCGCCGGAGCCCUCAUCCGUGUUCGGGGCCAGAGUCAGUCCUGCUUCUCCGUACCACAGACACGGACUGCAGCUCACCGCUGUCUCCAGGACGCCGUUCAACUCCCAGCAAGCGCCGCCGCCCUCAAGCAAAGACCUCAAAUUUGGAAUCGAUCGGAUUUUAUCAACGGACUUUGAUCCAAAAUGCAAAGAAAAGUCAUCUCUAAGAGACCCCGGGAUGAGCGACGCGUCCUCCAUGAUGGGCUCACUAGGCAGCGGCAGCGGCAGACACUCAGGCCAGCAUCAGUUUCAGGACACCUUCCCAGGUCCCUACGCAGUCCUCACGAAAGACACAAUGCCUCAGACCUACAAGAGGAAAAGGUCAUGGUCGAGGGCCGUGUUUUCGAACCUGCAGAGGAAAGGCCUGGAGAAGCGAUUUGAAAUUCAGAAGUAUGUCACCAAGCCUGACAGAAAACAGUUGGCAGCCAUGCUGGGGCUCACAGACGCUCAGGUAAAAGUGUGGUUCCAGAACAGGCGCAUGAAGUGGAGACACUCCAAGGAGGCCCAGGCUCAGAAGGACAAGGAGAAAGACGAGAAGCCGGAAAAAGAAGCGUCUGAGGCGGGCAGCCUUGAGCCGAAGGAGCCGACGGAGUCUGAGUGCGAGAGCGAAGCUCGGAGCGACAGCGAGUCGGACGAAGCCGAGGAAGAGGAGGGCGCAGACGGACACUUGGACAUUUCUGAGCUCAACAACAACAAGACCAGCGUGAUCAUGAGCGGGAGCGCGCAGGUGGCCAAUGCGGACACGAGCCCCACGGCGACGGACACGGCGGCCUCACAGGUGUUGAUAUGAAAACGAGGCUACAAACAACGAAGGAGCGUCUUUUAGCCUAUUUCAGUCUGGAGAGCUUCAGUGACGUUAAAGAGGCGCGGAGAGUUUAGCGUCUGCGUCCGGAAAAAGGUCAGUUCACUUCCAGAGAGCAGCAGGAGGAGCACACAGACGGAGCCAUUAUUGCACACAUUUAGCCCAGCAGGCAGAAGGAGCAUGGUCAGAAAGUGUGAAUUUUAUUAGAUCUUGCUGUUUUUUCUUCCUAUUAUUAUUAUUAUUUUAUAUCUCUUUAAUUAUAAAACCAGACAUAAAUCAAACCCGAAAAGACUUCAUUCUGGCCUAUAAUUACUGUCCUGAAAAGAGCUUCAGAUUUGACGAUAAUGAUGAUGACGACGACGAUGAAGGCGGUUAUGGAUUUGAUUGUUAAUGCAGGAACCACUUUUGUAAAUGAAAUAUUUGGACAACAGCAGUAUUCGUACAUAUUUGUUUUAUUUUGAUACAUAGAUGUGCUAUUUUGUUGAUAGUAAUUUGCACUGAAAGAUGUAAAUAAAACCUUUUUACCUGGGAAAA